GCGCGCCAAACUAGAUGUCAAACAGACGGACUUUAAGCCAAACAAGUUGAUUUCAUACAUAAUAAAAUCGCGUUUCCACCUGAUUCUAAAUGGAUUAUUCACUUGUUGUAAGCAGAUUUUAAAUCGUCAAAAUAAAAUUACGAGAUCGUAUAUUAAUUUAACUUCAAAAAGCUUAAUUUAUCUGAAAUAAAUGUCAAAAUAAUCGCUCGCGUUUAUGCAAUGGCCGGAACACAACCAUCAUACAUCGAGUCGCCAUGGGACAGAGCUUUAGCCACGUAUGACGAAGUUAUGGCAGAUAGAGAAAAUGUUGUCAGACUGGAGUUGCAGAUCAAUCAGCGGGCAGGCUGGAAUGAGAACCUUGAGGUGGCAAGCUGGAAAAAACGCAUCCGCAAUGAGGCUGACAUCGUCAAGUCAGAGAUGAGGAUGGCAGCUAAGGCUGCACUUGCUGUCAGACGUGUAGCCUUGAAGCAGCUCUUUGAGCGAGAGUUUGAGGUGUGGGAGAAGGAGCUAGGACUGCAGGGCAAGACGUUCUACAAGCAGCGAAUAUAGGACACUGCCAUAGACCCACUGCCUACGAGAAUGAAUGAACUGUUAUCGAUUGUCAUUUUGUGUUUUUGAAGGUUCAAGAAGAGGUCAAUUUUCCAGAGUAUUUGAGAAUGCUUUUACCUUUGUAGACCUUAUAUGCAUUUUGCAAAAAAAUGUUGGCAGGAAAUUAUAAGAAUUAUUUUACAUAAAUCAGCCAUUUAAAUAAAUAUAUAAAUUAUAUUAAGGGUACAUUGAUAUGGUAUACUACAGCAUUAUUAUUGUAUUACUAGAUAGUCUGUGAUUUGUAAAGGAUGUUUAUUUUUUGUCAAUCCUUUCAAUCCUUUAAACAUUUUAUGUCUUGAGAUUAUACUGGUAUGCAUAUACUUGUUGUUAAUUUUGAAAAGAUAAUACUUAUUUUGAAAAUGUACACAUAAUGACAUGUAAACAGCAUUCCGUCCAUUUAUAGUUAACUGAAUAUUACCGGUAUAUAGAUAAGAUGUUCAUUAUCAGUAUAUAUAUAGAUUAAAAUAAAUUGAUUAUGUUUAGAUACAAA